AUGGAAAAAUGGCAGUCUUACCAUCUUUGUCCUAUCGAAAAUUUGCAAAAAAGGCGAGGCCCUGGAGAUCGGUUGAUGCGGCAUGUGAUAGAGAACAUUCUCGGCUAUAACAUACUUGAAGAUGAAUCUAUCUGUUCGACGUCAACUAGCAAGAUUGUUUUCAAUGAACGAUGCGAGCGGAUUAACGUAGAUUAUGACAUCCUUAAUUAUAACGAAGGAUACAAAGAAGUCGGAACUCUGCACGGUUCCGAACUGCGCUUGGCUGAAGAAUCUAUUCACUGGAUUGCUGGCGGCAAAAAACCACUGGAGAUCACCCUUCCAAAGCAUCUUCGUGUCGUUACUGUGAACGACCCUCCUUUUAUCUACACUACUCCUAUUAUUUCCCUUGCUGAGUGCGGAAAUUUGGGAACAGUUUCGGUUGAGCUUAGUCCUAUAGAUAUUAUUAAAGUGAAAGGCCCUUGGUAUCCUUGUCCACGGUAUGGAUUCAAUUACACACAUCAUUACUGCUGUGCUGGUUAUGCGAUUGAUCUACUUUCCAAUUUAUCUCUGCCCGAGCCUAGUACAACAAUCGACACAAGUUUCACAUUCUCCUUGCAUUUGAACGACAGUUAUGGAGCUGUAACUUUGGGGGAAAUGGGCUACAUCCUCAGUGGAGCUUUGGGAGAGCUGGAUAGCGACCAAGCCGACAUCGCUAUAGGAGGGAUGACCAUCAAUCCAGAAAGAGAAAAAUUCAUUGAUUUUUCUGAGCCAUGGUUGUACCAUGGAAUAAGGAUCCUCGAAAAAUCGAUUCCUCGCGACUCACCUAUGCAAUCGUUCUUACAACCGUUGAAAUCUGCUCUGUGGACAUCGUUGCUUAUUUCGGUGAUCAUGGUUGGGCUCGUGAUUUUCUGCUUGGAUCUCAAGUCUCCCUUUGAUCGUUUCUAUAAGACUGAGCAAAAUCGAAUGGCGGAGGACGAUCCUUUCCUCAUGGAAGUUGCUAACGAUCGCGUCAACUUUGGGGAGGCGAUGUGGUUUGUCUGGGGAGUUCUACUGAACAGCGGAGUUUCGGAGAGGAGCAUGGAAUCUUUGGCAAUAAACAAUCGUUUCGUUACGCUGAACUGCAGAACAUUGUCGAGUGAACUCCAACAAACCGCCCUGCUUAGGCUUCUACGAUAUCUCUGUGUGUCCUUUGCUGCACUGCAGGAAACACGCAUGAGAGAUCGUCCCGUCAUCAGCAUCGAAAACUACACCAUAUACUGCGGCGAUGCUGAUGAGAAGGAAGUAGACGGCCCCGCGAUAGCUGUGAGAAACGAUUACAACAAUCUGGUGGAGGAAUUUUUCUCAACAUCGUCUAGAUGGGCCUUUGUACAACUGCGUGAUCGGAGAGGACGAAAACUCUUUAUAGUAAGUGCCUGUGCACCAACGGAAACCCCUGAGACCAACACUAAGGAUGCCUUCUAUGAUGAACUCAAUGCGUUGAUGUCUGAAAAACCAAGCCAGCAGGUGGUCAUUGUCGGAAUCGACGCAAAUGCGAAGAUGAGACUUGAACAACAAUGUACAAGGAGAAUGGUAUUAUGCAGCAGAGCGCACAUCGGACAAUGGCGACCGUCUACUCGACUUAUGUGA